GCGCAAGGCCCGGCACAGCCAGCGGACCGCGACGCCUCCUCCCAUCGCGGCGGAUGCGGUUACAGAGGGGGCGGGCAGCCCGCCCCCUCCCGCCCCCGGCGGCGCGGCGAUGGCGGAGCCGGACGGGGAGGCGGCGCUGGCCUGCGAGGCGCUGCGGCUCAUGCGGAUCGAACCCACCGUUGAGGGCGGCGUGGCGAGGGCAUCGAGGAACGCGCUGCGCAAGCGACGGCGCUGGGAGCGCGUCCUGGCGGCGCGGAGGAACAAGCGGCCGCAGGAGCGACAGCGGAGCCGGGCACGGCGCGCAGCCAGACCCACGAGGAGCCGUACCCCGGUCCGGGAGCGGCUGCUGGCAGCACGGGCAGCGGGACCGCGGCUCUGUGUGGACCUCGGCGUGGCGAACACCAUGACUGAGAAGGAGACGAGCCGCCUCGCCUCCCAGAUCAGGAGGCUCUAUGGUGCCAACAGACGCGCCGAGAAGCCGUUCUGGCUCUGUCUAACGGAGUUCACAGAGGGCUCGCUGAUCUACCAGGAGUGUGUUCGCAUGAACGACGGCUUCUCCAAUUACUUGAUGGAUACAACACCAGGAAGUUACCUGGACCUGUUCCCUUUGGAUGCAAUUGUUUAUCUCACUCCAGAUUCUGAGAAUGUUCUUGAAGAUAUUGAUCCAAAUAAAGUGUACAUCCUCGGAGGCCUGGUGGAUGAAAGCAUUCACAAGAAGCUUACUCUGCAGAGGGCACAGGAGCAGUCUUUGCAAACAGCCCGCCUUCCCAUUCGUGAGUACAUGGUGAAGGCCGUGAACACCAAGAACUACCACUCAGAGACACUGGCGAUCAAUCAGGUCUUUGAAGUCUUAUUAACUUACUAUGAGACCCGAAGCUGGCCAGCAGCCUUGAAAGCUGGAGUUUCUUCUGGAAAAGGCUACGUGUUACCAGAUGCAGUGAAAUAAGUGGAAAUACCUCAGCAUGAUGAUGCACAAGAAAACUUUAUUUCGUGAUGUUAAGGAGCUGUGCAGACAAGAGAGAUAAACUCCCAAUUUCAAGCAGAGGCACCAGCAUGAAUAUGCAGAGAGAAAACAGCUCUGCUUAAACCUUAUUUAAGGACCUUGUCAAAAGUGACACAUUCUACCUCAGCGGCACAGUGCUGGACAUUACUUUUCCCCUUGAACAGAAAACAAAAGCAAAUGGAAUCCUGCGAUCAAGUGAAAACUGACAGGACUUCAGUUUUGCUUCCUUGCAGACACCUGUUAGAGCCUUUCUGACUCUUGCAUUUACACUUGUUCUGGGACAAGGGGAGAGCUUUAAGGUAUUUCCUUCAUCUUGAUUGAAGAGAAAGGUGUAGUUAGAAUUGCAAACCUGUCUGCAAAAUUCCCUCCACUGGAAAAGGACAGUGCUGUUCCAGUUGGAGAAUGCAAGAUGGGAAGUGAUUUCCCCUGUGGAGAAACAGUUCCAAGGGGCACCAGGUCUGAACAACUUUAAACCAGCUGAACUGAAGACUUGCUGAGUUGAAGCCUGUGCCUAAACCUGUGCAUCUAAUCUAAAAAAUCUAAAAUAAAAUGUUUACUCUUAAGCUCCCAUUGCAUCCUUACAUUGCUGAUGCAUGGUACAUCAUCACACACUGACGUGAAGUUCACUAACCUUCAUGUUCCUCCUGGGCAUGUACCUGGGAUUUGACUGUGCCCUGCACGCAGAGCAGUGACAUAUUUCACAGCCACAGCAGAAAGCAUUUUUGAUGCAUUUAAGUUGAUAUGUUGCCCCAGCUAUUGUUGCUAAAAAAUAAAAAUCCCCUUCACAGUCAAUGACAAUGUGUACCCACCAGCAGGACUUGAAAGCCUUCUGAGGUAAGUUAAUAUCUUGUUUGCUUCUAUGUUUUCAUUUCUCCUUCCCGUCCACAGGUUUUCACAACAGCAGGAAUACAGUGCCCAUGAGACAGUGUCCAUAAGGCCUGCAGCAGCUGCUGCUGUUUGCAGAGUGUUGUUCCCACGUAGGCGGAAUUUUUGUUUGCCAGUGCCUGUUGCUCUGUGGUGCCCUGUGGGCUCUUUCUGCAUCUCACCCACUCAGCCAGCUUUUACUCUUCAAGUCCUCCUGCUCAGCAGCUGCUACUGUGUGGUCAGAGGUCUGCACUUGGCGUUUGAGGCGUCAAGGUUCCAGUGAAGCCCUGGCUUCUGCUGCGCGAACACCAGCCACUGGCAGUGCCGCUAUCCCCAUGGUUGAAGGCACUUUGGCCACCUGUCCCCAUGCUCCUCUGCUGCCAGGUGCAGACCUCUCUGUCCUGAAUGUACUCUGCCAAAACCAGCCAUCUGCAGCAACAGCUGUCACGCAGCACACGUGCUGCAGGCAUCUCUCAGACAGCCUGGAGCUCCAAAAUGAGCCCCUCCGUUUGACACCAGCAAUCGGUUACCUGCCUCUGCAUCAGAAGGUGCCAAGAUUGUGCCUUUGGCACCAAAGUGCUGAUUAAUUCAGGAUGCACACCUGGAUGACCUCCAAGGGCAAACAGCUCACAUGCAGCUGGGGAUACAACACAUAUUAUGGAAAAACACCUACUGGCAAGGUUGUGAAAAGGGGCUUGUCCUCUCCUAGGGGCCAGCACAAAGGCUCCACAGCUGUGAAGGUGGCCUAUUGGCCUUGGGGCUUACUCAUUCCCUCUGGAAGACGCAGAUCUGUAAGUAAGUAGCAUGGGUGUUAUUCAGGGACUUUCUCAAGCAUCAGCAAAUGGGAAUAGAAGAGCUAGCUGACACACGAACCAUGUCAGAAGAGUAGGAUAUGGUGUUGUCUCCCUUGUGUGGGACAACACUUCUGCCCUUGCAAGGAAAUGCAGUUAAAUAUAGCAUAGUGGUGUUUCCAAAAAGGUUUCCAUUAUAAGUCCACACACAUCCUCAGCCACAGAUGGUGGACAAAGCAGCCUCAGUUCCUUCGUGUCAGGCCAGGGUGGGAUUUUACAACACUCUCUGUCAGAGUCUGCCUGGAGACUAAGGAGCACAAGGGAAGGCAGGCCAAAGGGCUACCACCUUUCUCCAUAGGUGACAGAAGAAAGCUAAGACAAUGCUUUGAGACUGGCCACCUGCAAGGCUUUUGGGAGGCGAGGGAUAACCCUCAGGCAAGAUACAUAAAGCCACUGACGUACUCUACAAUUUGCGCAUUACAUACGAGUUGUGUAUGCAGCAUUACACAAAGCUAGGCUGGCAGGCGGAGUGCCCUGUCCCACGACCACACCAUGGACAGGGUGGCUCUUGGUGGAGCUAAGCUGACACACAUGGACACAUCCUCCCAUGAUCAUUCUCAGGCUGUGGGGCCAGACAUCCUGCAGGAGAUUGCCGGGUAGUGGACA